CUGAAGGCUGGUUGGAAAAUCGAACAGGUGCUCUUUUGCCUCAGCGCUAUCAAUUUUUCCUAAGAGUUUCCCCAGCACUUUGAGCUCUGUGAAAAAAAGUCUCUUUUUCGCGUUAAUAACUUUGCUUGACUGCAUUAUAAUUACGAUAAAAGUGUGUCGAAGAUUGUGUUGUUGGCAAAAUGGAACAUUUCAUUGCGUUUUCAUGGUGAUUUGUGGGUGAAAAUGGACAGAGUACAUCGUGAAAAAUGACUUGAAAUUGGUGAAUUGAACGAGGAUAAAAAGAGGGAUCAUUGGGUGGUGCACCAUGGCAGAUAUUCAACGGCAAUUCCUCUGCCCACGUUUAAUUGAUUAUUUGGCAAUUGUUGGAGCACGUGUUAGUUCUGUUCCACGUGCCGGAAAUACAUCUAAUCCACCUGUUCAGAUUCCUGAACUCCUCCGUCGCUAUCCGCCGUCAGAUCAUGCAGAUUUUCCACUCCCACUGGAUAUGGUUUAUUUUUGUCAGCCAGAAGGAUGCGUGAGUGUUGGGCCAAGGAGGACGGGGUCAGCCAUUAGGGACGCCUCAUCAUUUGUCUUUAUGCUGACUGAUAAGGAUUCGGGCAAAACACGCUAUGGUAUUUGUGUGAAUUUCUAUCGACCUGUUGAAAAGGCCGUACCCACUAGUACGGCCGUUGUGACAGGAAGUCGACGUGGUAGGAGUUCUGCCCUGAGAAGGGAAUCAUGGCGAAAAUCCAUGGAGAGAAGUUCCGAUUCGGCUUUUUCAAGUGACCAUCGGAGCAGCAAUGUAGCUCCAAGUGAUUCCGAUCGUGAUUGCCCAAGUCGUCGGGAUUCUGAUCCACCGCAGCACACGCGACUGAGUGUAACGCAUCCGGGUGCUGGAGAUUCAGAAUCUGGUGGUAGUCAUUCACCGUCACCACGUGCUAGCCGAAGACGUGCUAAAGUCCGAAAUCAUUCGCUAACAUCACUGUGUUUGCUCUCCCAUCAUCCCUUCUUCAGUACCUUUCGUGAGUGUCUAUUUAUCCUGAAGAAGCUGAUAGACGCCUGCAAUGAAUCUUCGAGUCCACGUCGUGUGGGUGCCUCCAAACAAAUUGGCAGGGAUAACGUGUGGACUGUUCUCACUGGUCAAGUGACUGAGGCCACACCCUCAAUUGUGAUACACGAUGUGAAGGAGAUUGAAACAUGGAUCUUGCGUCUCCUAUCAGCUCCGGUGCCUGUACCAGGCUCCACGCGAAUUGAAGUGGAAGUCCUCUCAAAUAGCGUGCAUGAGCCCCUGUUGUUUGCUCUGCCUGAUCAUACACGUUUUAAGCUAGUGGACUUUCCACUUCAUCUGCCACUGGAGCUUCUCGGGGUGGACACAUGCCUCAAAGUUCUCACGUUGAUAUUGCUGGAAAAUAAGGUGCUCUUUCAAUCACGCGAUUAUAAUGCACUGUCGAUGAGUGUGAUGGCAUUUGUUACAAUGAUCUAUCCACUUGAGUAUAUGUUUCCGGUGAUACCGCUCUUGCCGACGUGCAUGAGUUGUGCUGAACAGCUUCUGCUAGCACCUACGCCAUUUGUUAUUGGCAUUCCAGCAUCAUUUCUGCUCUAUAAAAAGAACUUUAGGCUCCCCGAUGAUAUUUGGCUGGUGGAUUUGGAUUCAAAUAAGUUAACAUCAACGGGAGCUGUUGGUGAUGAAAUACCACCACUGCCUGAACCUGAAGGGACCAUUCUCAAGAACCACUUAAAACAAGCUAUGCAACUGAUGGAUCAGGCAGGAUCUGGUGCACUGAGCUCAAUGUCAACAAGUGCCGUGGCAAAUCAACCUCUACUCCCAUCUAUUAGGGAUAGUUUGUCAACACCACCCGUAUUGGGGGUGUCUGUGGUGAAGAUUCAGGAACAGGGUUCAGCCGGAUCGGCUAAUAGUAGUCAGAGAAAUUCUUUUUCCGCUCCUGGAACUCAUACACCACGCCAAGCAUCACCAAUCGCACCACCCACAAUAAAUCCUUUUAUUUAUGUGAGUGACGUGGAUUCGGUGGAUGUGGCAACUCGUGUGGCCAUGGUGAGAUUUUUCAAUUCCCAAAAUACCCUGGCCAAUUUUACCGAGCACACAAGAACCCUGCGUCUGUACCCUCGUCCCGUGGUGGCAUUUCAAAUAAAUAGUUUUUUGCGAUCGAGACCUCGAGCUUCGGGAUUUCUGGGUAGAUUUGCCAGGACGCAGGCUGUAGAGUUCCUGGCUGAGUGGUCACUGACGCCCAGCAAUGUGGCAUUUUUGCGGGUGCAUACGGGAGUCCUGGAUCCUGGUCAGGUGGGUGAUAAACCCAAAUGGUUUGCCCAUACACUCACCCCAAUCAGGUUCUCCGUGUGGGAUGACGGUAGUUCGUUGAAUGGGGCUCUCAGGAGUCUCCAGCAGAUGGAGAAUCAGCCGACGGAUGAGAGUGGAUCGGAUUCUGAGGGAGCAGAAAGUACGAGUUCCUCAUAUUCUUCUCUAAGUGAUUUUGUUUCUGAAAUGGUCUCUUCAGAUUUAUCACCCAGUCUCCAUGAUGUUUAUGGUGGUCAAUAUCAUCAGCAUCACAAUCCACAAACCAUGUCAUCAAACUUGGAUCCAAAGUUAAUCUAUAGACCACCAAGUAAAUUGCAGUAUCCGGCUGGUAUGGAGCCCAUACAGGCUGACGAUGCACGUCCAGAUUCACCACAAUCAUCAUCAUCUAGCCGUUCAGAUCUCAGUUCGCCCAGUUUCAAUCGAGAUUCCGAAUUUGAAUUUCCCGGCAAGGUGAAGAAUGAGAUUUUGGCCAAAGAGAAGGAAGAGGGUGGUAGUUUUGAAAAUGAGUCAGAUUCUAAUUCGACAACCACUCCCAAAACAAUCGUUUCGGGUCAAAAUACAUCCAAGGAGAGUCUUAUUGAUGGCGAAAGGCGCAGUGCUGCAGCAAAGUUUCAGAGAAAUAUUAUUUCUCCAAUUAGUCCGGGAUUAGCUAGGCAAACUAGUUCAGGAUCUGGUUCACAGAGUCCACCGAUUCAUGCUCCGCCCUUGGGAUCAGCUGGAUCUCAACGACAAGGCAGUCAGGGAUCUCUGUUUGAGCAGUUUGCCUCACAAGCCAAGGAACUAGUGCGAGAAACAACUCGGCAGAGUAGUCAAGAUGGUCUUCUGGCGCAUGUUGACAAACUGAAAAAUCAAACAAAGGAGAAAAUACCUGAAGAUGAUAGAAAAAUGAUAUUAGCUCCAUUGGAACAGUUGACGCUUCAUGCAAAAAAGGCCGCCGGGGAGGCGUCCAAGCAGGCCAUUGAGGCCUCUAAGCAGGCGGCUGGAGUGAGUAAGACGACCUUGGAUGAUUUGACGUACGUGGGAAAGUCAACUUUUGGUGAUCUGACGAAGACAGCCAAAGAAGCGGCUGCUAAGAAGGGUCUUAUGAAGACCACUGGAGAAUUGCAACCCAUCCCAUCAUCAGGUCCAAGUACACAGCCUGCGUCACCAGCUACGUCUCUGGUUAGCACUCAGGGGAACAACAUGAUAGCUGGCACGAGUAGAGAUUUCUUUUCAUCCUUCAGUAGUGAGAUUAACAGCUUAACGUCUUCCACAUCGACAAUGUUUUCGGGAUUAUUUGGAAAGAAUGAGAGGCAAAAUGCCCAGAAAAGUGGCACAGCUGCUGCUGUACACGGUGGAGCUCCCAAAGAGAAAUCUUUACCAUUUGAUUCAUUUCCUGGGAGAAAGGCUCUUGUUGAGCGAACUCCACUAAUUAAGCAUUCUGGACCAAGGCAGACUCAGGAGGAGAUUCAGCGUCAGCAAAAUGCUGAACGGUCUUCCAGUAAUUCCGAAAAUCAAGCCUUUUUGAAAGAUCUUAUGAAUCUAGUGUUGGCGGGAGAGGGAGUCGGUUGGCUGAAGGUCAAUCGUCUUAAGAAACUUAUGGAAGAUGAAUCCUACAGAAUGCUCGUCUUGGGAAAAAUUAAUAAGACUCUAGAUAAAAAAAUUGCUCCAGAUGAUCACAUAGACGAUGUGUGCAUUAGUAAACCAGUCUAUAAAGGAAUGCAGAAAUGCCUCCAAGCCAUUGCUCACGGAUUGGAUCAUACUUAUUCGAAUUUUGGCUUGGGAGGAAUGGCUUCAGUGUUUCAGAUGAUGGAAAUUGCUCAUACUCACUUCUGGAGUAAGGAAUUAACAGAAGCUGGUGGAGAUUUAUCUGCAAGCCUUCUGUCUAGUCAGUCUGUGAGUCCAAUGGGCAGUCGGGAGAAUCUUCAGUCACCUGGCGGUGAGGGUGAAUGGGCUGGUGUUCAAGCGGGUUCCCGGAAAAAUUCCACAGUUGCUCCGCCAGAGGCAACAAGGCGCCUGUCGGAACAUGAUCCUCAAGCACAUGCCGAAGGACAGCAGUCAACAACAGAAAUUUUCAAGGAUAUGCUAACACAGAAGAGAAAUAUGCUACUUAGCAAAUUGACAUCAUUUGAUUCAGAAGGCACUGUGCAUGGGUCAUCUGGGGCCCUCUCAGUGGCCAGUGAUGCUCCAAUGUUGCUGCAAGCCGGAGGGGGCCUCAUACCGUCGAUUUCAUGUCGGUCAACUGUCUCUGAUACCGAAUAUGAAAAUAAUCCUAAACAAUCCGGUGCGAGAGAUAAGAAUCGGUCGAGUAGUAUUUUUUCCGGCAAGUCAACUCUUAGUGCUGGAUUUCGCUAUACUGGCGGACAGUUGACAUCUGGAUCACCAUCACCGGAUGCACCGAGAGUAUAUCUGUUUGAAUGCCUUCUUGGGAAGGAGAGACUGAAUUUGUGGGAUCAAAUGCAGUUUUGGGAAGAUGCAUUUCUCGAUGCAGUAAGUCAAGAGAGGGAUAUGAUUGGGAUGGAUCAGGGACCGGGAGAGAUGAUGGAGAGAUAUAAGGCUCUAAGUGAUUCCGAGAGGAAACGCUUAGAACACGACGAAGACCGUCUCCUAUCGACGAUGUUGUACAAUUUAACAGCAGUCUUGGUAAUGCUGAAUGUACAUAAGGAAGAGAUUAAGCGGAAAGUUCGAAGAUUGCUGGGAAAGAGCCAUAUUGGAUUGGUUUAUUCUCAGGAAGUUAAUCAUCUUCUGGAUCAAAUUAACAACUUAAAUGGAAAUGACAUCGAUUUAAAACCUUUGGGUUCGAGACUACUCCAUCGACAUAGUUUCUCCGUUCAGCAGGGAGUUGAUGCGACGGGUCCGUUGCGUUUUAUGGAAGUUCGCGAUGAUGGAUUGGUCUUGAGGUCUGUCACUGGAACCAUUGUUGAGAGAUGGUGGUAUGAGAGACUGGUGAAUAUGACAUAUUCACCAAAGACUAAGGUCCUCUGCCUCUGGCGCAGAAAUGGUGGUCAGACUCAACUACAUAAAUACCAUACCAGAAAGUGCAAGGAAUUGUACAAUUGCAUUAAGGAAGCAAUGGAACGUGGAGGACCACCAGAAUCUCUGCCAGAACUUGGUGGAGAAUUUCCAGUUCAGGAUAUGACAACGGGUGAGGGUGGAUUGCUUCAGGUGUGCCUUGAAGGUGUUGGACUUCUCUUUGCCAACAGCAAGGACUUUGAGUUUUUCGUACGUUUGGAUCACAUCCGGAAGUGUUUUACGCAAAAGGGUGGAAUAUUCAUUCUCGAAGAAUACAACCCCAAAACACGUCAAAUAAUCCAGCGCAAGUACAAGUCGUCAAUGGCUGAUCAAAUUUGCUACUCUGUACUGUGUGUCUUUUCGUAUGUGGCUGCUGGGCAAGAUCAGAAGAAAAAUCCUGCACUUUUGGUUAAUUUAGCUCAGCAACAGGGAGUGAUGCCUCAGCAAACGAAGCAACAACCUGUUCAGCAGCAAAAGGCACAGGGGCCACCUCAGAAGGUGCCACCGGUGAAGGAAGUGCAUAAGCCACUGCCGGCGAAGGAAGUCCCGAAGCCAGUGGUUGUAGAGAAGCCUCAGCAGCCACAGGCACAAGCUCCAAAAGGGCAGCAGAUUGCAAUAAAACCCCUAACGCCACCUCAAAAGCCCACUGUUACAACAACAGCAGUUCAGCCACCGACGGAAUCAACCUCUCCCAAGUAUACCUCAGCUCCACCAUCAAUAGCUCCACCGCCGAAGCCAAAGAGUCCACCACAGCGUCCACCAAGUCUUCCAUCGCGUAUCCUCAGCCAAUCAUCGACACAGAGUGAGCCCCCAUCGAGCAAAGCCCCUUCGAAACUGCCCCAAAUUCCACCCAGAGUUCAAUCCCAAGGUUCUGUAGGCAUGAGAGGUCCUCCGCCGGCUAUUCCGCCACGUUCUGGUCAAGCUCCACCUCUCAUGCGAGCUGGAACUGUUCAGCAAUCCAGCACAUCUGCCAGUCGUCCGCUGAUGCGUCAGGCUUCUGCUACUUCCAUCCCGCCUCAGUGUACACCUCAGCCUCCUCCGCCGUUUGUCAUUCCGCAGAGACAUACUUCCCGGGCAGGAUCAAUGGGACGACAGACAUCCGUCAGCAGUAGUUCCGGUGGAGGAUCGCCGCAGACACCCCGGAGACACUGACAGAGGGCUGAAGGGCAAUGGAUUGAGCAGCACAAAAAGAGGGACAUUUGUGAUUUAAUUUGUGUGCCAUGGAUCUAAUAAUAUAUUAGAAACCUUGGGCUGAUGCAAAGGAAAGUAAUGCUAAAAGAGAGAACAUCAAUUUUAUUUUAUUUUUGAAACUUUUGUUUUUUGUUUUUGGUUUUGUAGAAAUUUGAAAUUAGAAUUUUUAUUUAAUUUAAGGAUUUUAUUAACACGAUGACACAAUUUAUUGUCCUGGAGGGGUAUUCUGUAACUCUCUGGCAAUGCCAUAUGACAAAUUGGGUUUGAGUCUCAGGAGAGCUUUUUCGAAAAUGCGAUUCAGUAGCCGUGACAUUGCCAUUUCAGCUCACGUGACAUUGUCAGAAGUCACAUAUUUGAGAUUUCUGGCAAUUCAAAUGACUAUGAAUUUUAUUAAACAAAUCAACCAAGACGUACUGUAUUUUCAUAAAAUCAUCAAGUAAAGGGAUUUCAUUAAAAAUUCAAUGAAUUGCAUUUUCGAACUCAUAUGAUAUAUGACAAAAAAACUCGAAUGGCAUUGUCAGGUUUCGAACUCACGCGUGACAAAAUGCUACGAAAAUUACAGAAUUCCCCUACUGGGUCCUGAAUGCAUUGAUUCAUUGAUACAAGUGUCCUGGAGGGGAAUUCCGUAAAGCCCAAAAUAGACACAGGGAUCGACUUUGGGAUCAGCUCGAAAAAUGAGGAUUGGUGUCAAUACACUCAGGGAUCAGCCCAAAAUUUGGAGGAUCAGGCUGAUCUUCUAAAUUCGUGAGGUCUAGUAAAAUUACGAGGAUUAGGCGACAUCCAGCGCCAGUGUUGAAAAUAAAAAGCUUCACUUUGAGUGUUUUUGGGUAAUUUUCGAAAUGUCAAUUGAAUGAAAAAACAUGGAGAGUAAUGGUUUGCAAUGUCGCAAAAUCUUAGAAUUCAUUAAUAUAGGAACAUUGGGAAGGUCAAAGUAUUCCUGUCUGUAUGAAAAAUGCAUUGAUAUUUCACUUAAUAUUUCAGCAAUCAAAGUGGGCACAUUUAAUCGAAAUUUGCGCAAAAAACGCUAAUCCUUGAUUUUAAAUCCUCAGUGUAUGCUGGUUUGGGCUGAUAUUUUUCUGCCAAGUCUUUCGAACUGAGUAUUCUCGAGGAUCAGCCUGUGUCUAUUUUCGGCAUAACGCUCUGGCAAUGCCAUAUGACAAAUUGGGUUUGAGUCUUAGGAGAGCUUUUUCGAUAAUGCGAUUCUGUAGCCGUAACAUUGCCAUUUCAGCUCACGUGGCAUUGUCAGAAGUCACAUAUUUGAGAUUUCUGGAAAUUAAAAUGACUAUGAAUAUUGUUAAGCAAAUCAACCAAUACAGAAGACUGUAUUUGCAUAAUAUCACUAAGUAAAGGCAUUUCAUAAAAAAAUCAGUGAAUUGCAUUUUCGAACUCAUAUGAUAUGACAAAAAAGCUCGAUUGGCAUUGUCAUUUUUCGAACUCACGCGUGACAAUGCCACGAAAAUUACAGAAUUCCCCUACUGGGUUCGAAUCCACUUUACGUUCACAGAAAUUCAGGUCUCGAGUACGAAUAUCAGGAAUAGGGAGUUUUACUGCCUCACUGACAUUCAUAAGAAGAUUUAAGGAGAGGAACAUAGAAUGUUAGUAAGAAAUCGCAGGUUAAAGAGGGAGAAAAUUUUUCGAAAGUAUCGAGGAAUUGAAUCCUUAUCAAUUACUGUACGAAUGCGAUGUCCAAAAGCGCUCUAAUUAUCUCAUAUAUUUAUUUUUAACCCAUUAAAGAUAAGGUGGCAAAGCGUCCCAGGUUUUGAGAAGUGCUCGAACUCGUGAAUUAGAUGCUAUUACACACUGAGAAAAAAAAGAGGGUGCGAUUAACUUUUUCUCCUCAUAAUUUCACCACUUUUUAUGUGUAAAAAUAUAUCAACAUUUUUUUGUGUUAAAUUUACACCUUUUUUAAGGGUAAAAUUAACAUGAAAAGGGUAACUUUAACUCCCAAUACACCUAGAAAGGGUAAUAUUUACACCGAUUUUGGAUCAAUACUGCAGGGUAAAAUUAACAUUUCCGGAAUGUUAUUUUAACUUUUUGGAUUUCUCUCAGUGCAGGCAACAACGGUUUACCGGUUGACAAUUGAUUUAAACCGAUUCAUAAAGGACUUAAAAGAUUACCAUAAAUAACUUCGAAGAAAUAUAAUUAAACGUAAGAUGUAAAGAAUUAUACAGGGUAAAUUAAGCUAAAUCAAAACCUGCUUCAAAUGGAAAUUUUUCGCUACUCCAAAUGGAAAUGUCACUGUUUUCAUAAUAAAUACAGUACUAAAUUACUAUAUUUAUAUAUUUUCUAUACCUCAGUUUCAUUAUUCAGUUAAUUUUGCUCCAAAUAAAGCGAAAAUCCAUUCAUAUUCACAAAUUUUAAUUUGUUAAUUUCUCAGAAAAAUUGAAAGUGUACCUUUUCAUCAUUGAAUUUUUCAUCGAUCGACCAUGUUUUCCAAUGAAAAACACAAUGAGGUGACUGUUGUUUAUUCGUUUUGUUUAACAUUUAUGUCAUAUUUCUGGCUAAUUUUAGUCAAAUGAAGUGCUAAUCUUUAUUGUUAAUGAUACGUGAAGUUUUCAAAUGAAAUAAUUACCUAUUGCGUGAAUAAAAAGGGUUUUUUUUUUCUGAAGUGUCUGCAACUGCUUCAAUAGGAAACCCCGGAAAUAUGAUUUUUUUGGAGAGAUUUUCUUAUUGUUUUAGAUGGGAAAGAAGAUAAGACCAGGAAUAAGAACAAAUCCUGUACUCAAAAGCAACUCAACAAGGUUUUGGAAGCCUUUCGUCGCGGUUUCACUUACACUGUUUGUCUCCAAUUAGAAACUUUGGACAAAGGAAACACGGAUUUUGACCUGGUCUUAUCCUCCUUUAUUACUACACAAACGACGUUUCGGAACUUUAUGGCUCCUUCUUCAGGUAUGCAAGUAACUAGUGGGAAAAGGGGGGUCAAUACAAAUUUUCACUACACUGUAAUCACAAUUGGACGAGAUGGACAUCACAAUGGUCAGAACGAUAAUCGAUUAUCGUUCUGACCAUUGUGAUGUCCAUCUCGUCCAAUUGUGAUUACAGUGUAGUGAAAAUUUGUAUUGACCCCCCUUUUCCCACUAGU